CUUGCUCUUGGAGCUGAGGUCAGAAAAAUAGAAGAUAAAAGUUAUCCCGAUGGCCACGAUGAAACUACCAUAAAGUUCUUAAAAGCUGCCAUUCAUUUCCUGCCAAUGGCGCUGGAUGAUGGAGCCGAUCUCACAAAUGCUGUGUUUCUCUUCGCUCAGGCAGGGAAAGAGUUUGUCGUUAAGGCUGGAAGAGGUGAAUUCCAAUUACCCAGCAUUGGUACCACUUUCUUUCAAAGGUAGUAACAUUUAAAUAGAACAGAAAAAUGAGAAUACAUAUAUAUGAUAAAAAAAAAAGAGUAGUCCAUAACGAUUAGCGAUAACAUUCUGCAGAUGAAUAACUGUAACCCUUGGACGUACAUAAAAAUUAACUCACGCCCCAACUUUUUCUACAGGGGAGGGGUGGUUAGAACCCUUCCCUCCUUCAGAGUUACGUUGCGGUAUUUUGAAAGGUUUUUACCUUAUAUAGAUAGCUUGUUAUGUCGUCUACGGCUAUGAUGUUAAUAUUAUUGGACAGAUAUGCAAACGACGCUACCAGGGGCCGUAGAUGUUAUCCAAUAUGGCGGAUCGUUUUAGUUUUUCAUUUUCUACACUAUAACUUUUGGCUUGUCAAAAGAACAGUAGCCAUUGACCUUGACAGGAAAAUACGACUUACAAAACAAAUGAUAGGUUUACCGUAAUUCCCUUUUCAACUGAAAAACCUUAAAUUCUUUCGUAGCUCAUAUCAACCCUUAGACCACACCUCACUUUUUAUUUAGGAUAAUCCUAAACAAAUGAAUGAAAAUGUGAUAUCUUUUAGGAGACUCGUCUCAAACAAGUUCAUUCAUUUGCCUCAAAGAGAAAACGAUGCAGAAUAUUUGCUAGUAACCAUUCUGCAAUUUUUAUGAAUCUAUGUUUUGAGAGUAAUAAACGAUUUUAGCAUGAAAAGUGCACUUAAAACGAGAAGAGUCAAUGGCAUCGAGCUUUUAUCACUUCGUCUCAUCAAUUUUUAUAUAAAGUCGUUAGUACAAUCACAUCGUUUAGAUGUAUUCGAGGGUCUGGAUGGGUUUAAGUGUAAUCUACCCAUUUUUUUCUUAUGUGGUUUAUGAAAUGUGCGAAUUUUUAAUCUUUGGGGAACCGUCGUUGUUAUUGCCGGGGGGGAAGGGGGUAAGGCGGAUUUUGUUUGUGUCACAAUACAAUUUACUUGAUUCCCCCUAUCCCCCCCCCCUCCCCACUAAGGUUCCGUAGUUAUCUUAUGAUCCCCCCUUAAUCAGCAGUCAAUUUUCUUUGGUCCUCCCUUUAUCCUCUGUCAGCGAAGACCCUCCCCCCCUCCCCCCUCCCCCUCCACUCCCUCCGAAAACCACGUGAUUCCCCCGAAAAUGUUGAGAUGUUCAACCGCCUAAAAUUGGAUUUUUUUAUGUUAUGGAGGCAACAUUUAAAUAUUUUAAUGUCAUAAAGGUACUACUAUCGAGACUCUCUUACAGGAGUUCUAAAUCACGAGUCAGAUGAGUCCACCAAAAGUUUGGUUAAAAUGUGUUGGUAGGUUCUUAGAUUACAAAGAGCGAAAAUUUAUCAUAGCCUAGCAUUUCUGUUUAACAAAAUGUCACAAAAUAUAGCAAUAAACAUAAACGUGUGAUGGAUCAGCUAAGGAGGAAGAAAUCAAAUUAACCCUUUUUGCCGAUGACAUGACUCGUUUCCUUAGAAUACUACGUCAUAUCACCGUUUAGUGGCGACUCUGAAGUCGUUUUCUAGAUUCUCCAAACUCCAAGUCAAUAAAGAUGAGACUGAAAUUUUUGCAAUUGGUAGCCAUCGUCUUGAUCAAAGAAAUUAUGCUCAUAAAGUACGAACUUCAGUUAAAACUCUGGGGAUCGUUUUUGACUAUAUCGUCUCAUCGAGGAUGAAAGCGAACUUUGAAGCAGUUUUAAAGUCUAUCAAAGAUACAAUAAAUAUGUGGAAACGAUUUUGCAUGUGUUGGAUAUUCAGUCGAUGAUCCUCGCACAGAGGGUGAUGGUAUUAAAAAGAUUUACAAAUAAAGAUAAUAACAGCUCUUGGAAAAUAACAUUGAAUUACUUCCUUUCUCAGGUAGGGGGAGAAUUUAUUCUUAAGUGUCAUUUUGAUACCAGACAGUUACCUAUCUACCUUCCGGCCUUUUAUAAGGAGUGCCUGGACGCUUGGUCCAUGUUAAGGCAACCUUCCAUACUUUCGUAUGAAGAUGUAGUUCACCAGGUUAUAUGGAACGAUAAAAAUAUCACUGUCCAAAAGCUCUCACUUUUCGAAAAACACUUGCUUUCUAAAGGAAUUGUUACGAUCGGUAAUCUCAUUUCUGACACUGGAAUCUUCUUAAAGGGUGUUAAGGUGUUACAUACAAAUUUAUCUCCGAUACUGACAACAUUUUAAGUUAAUGAGCGUCGUGGACGCGUAUUAUUAGACAAAGCGCUCAACAUCUCCUUUCUCAUACAGAUGACAUAAUUUAUUUGAAGUUGGGAGAUUCUGAGGUAAUGUUAGCAAAAGUCACACCCAAAUCGCUUCAUAACGCGUUUAAAAGCAAAAAGCAAAUCCCUCCAACUGCGCAAAAAAAAUUUAAGGAAAAAUUUCCACAGUUUCAGUUUGACUGGAAUAAAAAAUACUCCUUGCCUUUUACCGUCACAAUUGAAACUGAAAUUAGAGAAUUCCAAUAUAAAGUAUUAAAUAAUAUAGAACUUACAAACGAAAGAUUGUUUAGGUAGGGAUUGUCGGAUUUGCCUUUAUGUACUUUUUGUAAACAAGAGGUUGAAUCCUUCGAACAUAUAUUUUUCUAUUGCAAUGUUACAAAGGCUUUCUGGGAAGCUUUCUGUUCUUGGCUUGGUGAAUGUCUAGUUAACUCUCAAACAUUUACAAUAAUGGAUAUAUUUUUUGGAGUUUUCGAUGCGGAAGAGGACUUUAUUAUUCUAAAUCAUCUAAUACUGACAGCUAAAUUUUAUAUAUACACGUGUAAAUUGAAUUCUAAGAAUCCCUCCGUACGAGUUUAUAAGGCCAAGAUCGGGAAAAUAUACCAGGUAGGAAUGAAGAUGGCAGCAAAGCGGAAUAAAUUAGCUAAACAGUUUCAGAAAUGGGAUAAGCUUUUGCCACAUAUUGGUUUGUGGGAUGGGUGUCGUUCAAACAAUGCAGAGUAGCAUAGGAAGUCAAACUUUAUUGUAAAGCAUACUAUUUUGCUAUAUACUACUAGUAUGAUACUGUAAGUAAUUUACAGUAACACAUUGAAAGUAGUGUAAUAUGUCGUAAAAUAAUGUGAAUGUAGAGUAUUGUGUAGGUAGUGGAAGUAAUCUAAAGUAAGUCAUCUACUGUAAUCAAGUUGAUUGUAAAUUAUACUUUGUUAGUAGUGUGUUCUCAAUAAAUUAUUGUAAGUGACGUAUUGUAACCGAGUCCUGUAGUGUAUUGUAAGUAGAGUAAUGUUUUGUAGAAUGCCAAAAAAUAAAGAAAUUACAAAAAAACUGCGUCUUACUUCCUGAUUUCAGGAUUAUCCAAGAAAUGCCAAAAUAGUUGUUAACAAAAUCACAUCUCCUGUUCUGAGAGCUGAGGUUAGAAAAGUGGAAGAUAGAAGACGCCUCAGUGAACAAGACCGAACAAAAAUAAAAUUUUUAAAAGCAGCCAUCGAUUUCUUACCAAGAUGGAGCCGACCUGAGAAGUGCUCUGUUCAUCUUCGCACAAUCAGGGAUGGAAUUUACUGUCAAGGCUGGAAAAGGCGACUGGGAAUAUUAUUUCUCCGAAGACAGUAUUAACAACAUCGCUGAUAAAUGCGUUCGUAGGCCCAGGUUGCGGUCUAUUUGGAUUGGAAUCACUUCCACUGUUUCUCGUGUAUGCGGCCCAUUGUUAUCUCUCGGUUCAACAAUUGCACUAGCUGCUGCCUAA